UGAGGUCGCGUCAGUCGAAGGGAGGCGUCGCAAGGUAACGUGAAUGCCGUGCUGCCGAAUGCAUGCCAGUAUCGUGUUUACCUCUUGUGCUAGAUUCGAACUGAACGAAGUGACAGACGUCGUUCUUAGUGCUUGAUUUAGUACGGUCGCGUGUGAUUGUGUUCGCGACGAGAGCAGAAAGUGAAGCAGUAGUUUGCCAAAUCUGGCCUGGGGCCAAGGUGAAAGCACUUGCGUGCAGUGACAAACAAUUGCUGCGUUAUUCCCACUGUUUUGGCUACAACGUCGCCUGUGUCACAGACAGUGAAGGUAACGCGGAUUUUACCUCUCUGGCUUAAAGUACGCAGCACAGCACGGACCCACCCAUGAUGACUAAUAUCGACGAGGCGGUUGUAAAGUCUAAGCGACCUGCAGACAGCGCCUUCAAACAGCAACGGUUGGCAGCAUGGCAGCCGAUAUUGACAGCCGGCACAGUGCUACCAACGUUCUUUGUCAUCGGCAUCGCCUUCAUCCCUGUCGGUAUAGGUCUGCUGCACUUUUCGUACGAAGUAAAGGAAUUCACACUCGAUUACACCGAGUGUAAGGAGUACCUGCCGGAUAAGCGAGUUCACGGCUCAGAAAGAUGCUCCGACGUCAUCGACAAGAACCGGACGUGCAUCUGUCAAGAGGACUUCACACUUACCGAAGAAUUCGCCGGCAAGGUGUACAUGUACUAUGGGCUGUCCAAUUUCUACCAGAACCACCGGCGGUACGUAAAGUCGCGUGACGACAACCAGCUGUUGGGCCAACUCGAUCAGCCUCCCUCGAAGGAUUGCAGCCCGUACGACUACACGAACGACACUACCAACAAAAUGCCUAUAGCCCCCUGCGGUGCUAUCGCCAACUCACUCUUCAGUGACAAACUGACGAUUCUUUCACACCGGAUGGACAAUCAGGAAGUCCCAAUGCUGCGCAAGGGAAUCGCCUGGCCGUCUGACAAGCAAAUCAAAUUUCGCAACCCACCUGCACCCAACGGCAACUUGUCUGCAGCCUUCCAGGGUUACGCCAAACCCCUCCGCUGGGCUAAACCUGUCUACGAGCUCGAUCCAGACGACCCGGAGAACAACGGUUUCCAGAAUGAGGACCUCAUUGUGUGGAUGAGAACUGCAGCCUUGCCCGAGUUCAGGAAGCUCUACCGCCUCGUCAACCAUAAUGCUACCGGCUACGUCGAUGGACUACCUCGUGGUAACUACACUCUAAGAAUUCAAUACAACUACCAAGUAAACGCCUUUAAUGGCACGAAAUACAUGAUAUUAUCAACUACGUCGCUACUAGGUGGGAAAAAUCCGUUUCUUGGCAUUGCCUACAUAGUCGUAGGAUCCGUCUGUCUUUUCCUGGGCAUAGUGUUCCUGUUCAUCCAUGUAAAAUGUGGGAAGAGCACCUCGGAGAUGAUAAACGUAAAUCCCAGGACUCCGUAUCAGUAGAUGUAAUACGGAGAGCAACAUAAUUUUCUGUAAAACAGAAGAUCUCAUUGAUGUUUCUGUGUGUGCGAGUUUUUUUCCUACGCGGUGGUGCUAGCAAAGCUUUAGCAGUUGCAGGAGGCCUUUCAGUUUUUAGUAACUCGCUUACAGUGCUCUGUUUGUGUACAAAAGCAGCAGCCUCUGAACGAAAUUUGAUUUCAUGUAAUUAGGUGCAAAGUCCAUUUAUUUGCUAGAGUGUUUAAAUAAUGUUGAAUUUUAAUAAUUCAUCGCUACCUCGCCCGCAUCUAAUAUAUGUUGUUCGUGUUAUGCACAGCAUUCUGUGAUAGACAUAUGCAAGAUUGAGAGCUUUUAUUUCUCAACCAAAGUAUUUAAUUUUACUACAGAAGUAUUACGUAUUAUAUGGUUUGUAUAUAUGAGAGACUGCUCUGUGCAGCAAUGUUGCAUUUUGUAAGUGAAAUUUAAUGUUUCUAAAUUCUGAUAGUGUAUUUUUGUUUUAUAUAUUUGUGAAUAUACUUGUUGAAAAGAUAAAACAAUGCCACAAGCCAUGUGUUAUAUCUCUUGGUUCUUUUACAUUUUUCCUUUAUGGGAAAAACUUUAUUACUUCUACAGGUCAGUGAGACUACUGUGCUAAAAUUGCAAAAUAAUUAUGAUAUUUGCAAUAAGUUACAAAAACUGAGUCAUACUCACUAAGCCUACAUAAGAUAUUCCCACUACAUAGGAUUUACAUCAACUGACUGAAUGAACUCAAGAUACCAAUAAUUGAAUACUAUCUGUCAAUUGUUGCAAUUAAACUUAAAUUUUUUACAUCCAUCUUAUGAUCUUAUUUGUAAGAGCAAGGCAAUGUAUGACUACCUUAAUAUUUUCCCCAUAAUUUACACAAUUCUUUAUAUGGUGGACCACAUGCAUCAGAUCUGAACUAGUUCUGGUUUACUGGUAUUUUACAGUAAAACCUGAAUUGUGUAUGUUUCAUAUAUGCAUAUUCUUGUUGUGACAGAUGUUUUAAUUAUUGUUUAUUUGCUGAAUACCAAGGCAGAGUGUGUGUGCGAAGAUUGUAAUGGCAAAUGUGUUAGGAACUAUUGAAUUAGAGACUUAUAUUUCUGUGCUGUCUGUCCACACCUACAUCCAUACUCUGCAAACCACUGUGAAUUGUAUGGCAGUGUGCUCUCUUGUCAUCAGUUUUAGAAGAAAAUACAGUACCUUCUGUUUAUUGCAUGUUAUCUGCAAUGUUAUGAAUUAAUGAAUACAGAAUAAUGCAGAUGAAGUCAAAUAUUAAAACAAGGGUUUCCAAUUACUAACAUUCAGGGAACACACUUUGUUUCUUACAGUAGUGUCCACACUCAUUGUACCCACUGGAUAGUUUACCAGUAACUGUUUUCUAAAGUGACUUGUUUCAUACUUAAGAUUUCAAAAUUUUAAUUGUAGAGGUGGAAAGCUGUUCUGUUGAAAAGGUGUUGUUUUCUUUUAAGUGAGCCUUAUUGUACUGGUAAAUAACAAAGCAAAGUAAAAAACACACACACACACACACACACACACACACAGGUAUUCAGAUGACAGAAAUAUGAAUGUUAAGAUGGCAUGGAAUUUCACUGCAUUAAUGAAUCACAUGAGUCCCUUUCUAACUAUUAUAAACUCAGUGCUAAUACUGUCUUUACAAAUAUGUGUAUUAUUUUGGUAUCCAGCGAUGUGUGCAGUACAUCAGUACACUUUUGGUAAUAGUAACACGCCUUUAUUAGGCCUAAUGAAUUUUGCUUCCAUUUUUACUGUAGUUAAACUUGAAAUAAGUAACCAUUGUACACAUGUGAUAUAAUUCAGAUAUUAUCAUUUAAAUUACUAAAAGAGCUGUUCAUCACAGAGUCAAGAACCUCUGAGGUAGGUGACACAGCUGUUUUCCGUGA